UUAUCUUUCUUUUUUUUUUCUUCUCUUGAUUUCCAUAUAUGAGAUGACAGUCCGAUUUCGAUAAGCUUUUACAUGUGUUUAUCCAAAUUCUGUUUUUUUUUUUUUUGGUUCUUUGCUCUUUCUAGUUUAGAUUUGAUUCGGUUUUUCUUUUUUCUUUUUUUUUUUUACAUUCGGUCUUUGGAUGUUUUAGUGUUCAUGUUCAGAUCUAAUGUUUCUCAAUAUUCUUCUCUCCAUGCGCAGGGAAUCUGAAUUUCAUUGUUUUGAUUGAUUUUUUUCGGCCCCAGUUCGAAAUUCAAUCAAGUUUUCCCUUAAUUACACACGUCUUUGACAAUUUGAGCGCUCUAAUUUGCUGCCCUCUUAAAUUUUUCUGAUUUUCUGAUAUGUUUAUGAUGAUUGAGGAAAUUGCACCUGAUCUCUGAUCUCUCCAUGAUUUUAGUGAAAGUUGAUUCUUUUUUUCUUAUUUUUAUUUUAUUUUAUUUUUUUAAUUUUCAAGAGAAAAAGAAAGUAGUCGCACACUUAUAGACAUAAUAUUUCAUAUUCCGUCUGGUAGGUGGGUGGUUGAAAUCGAGAUCUGAGCCCUUAUAAGUUAAAGGGAAUAUAUAGUAAGGCCUUUGACUUGUUCUCCCGGUUUGUCUAUCUACCACUGCAGAAAAAAGUAAUGCUUUUGGAGUCAAAAAUGGCAACACAUUGAAAUUUUAAGUUUAGAAUCAUAGAGAGGAGGUUACCAAUAUUAGUAUUUUCUAUUUUGUUCUUAUGAUUGGAUUUGGAUGUUUCCAAGCAGUUCUGUAGAUGCUGGUGCUGGCCUCCACAAGUUUAGUCAAAAUGUGUUGUGUUAAACUUUUUAUUCUACAUGAAUUGGUGUUUGGUAAAAUUUUGGUUGACCUUUAUUCAUUUUACUUUGUAUGUUAAGGUGAUUACUGGCUCCAUCAAAAUGGACGUUACUGGGGGCUAAAACUUGCUGAAUUUUAUGGUCUUCACAGAUAUUUGGGCGAUGUGUGGGCAAAGGAACAAGUACAGAGGUGUGCAAAGAACUUUACCCAGUGCAACAGGAAGUAACUACGCAAAGAGCAGGGCCUCUGGCAUGGAAUAUGAAUCAAACUGGAUGAAGCAUAGACUAUCCUCAGCAUUUGCAGCUCAAGUGAUCCGUACUGCAACAUCGCUUAUGCCUUGGUGUUGUAAAAUUCCUAUAGGUGACGGAUUUCAUGAGUUUCUUUAGUCAGUUGUCUAGCAUUUAAAAGUGUUGAAGCAUUCUUUGGGAGAUAUAUUUGUACCAAAUACAAGAAUAAUCUAGAAAAUGCCUGGUUUUGUGAGAGGAAAGAAGAGAAUCACAGAACCCAAUAUGUGUCUGUCCUCCCCGGUUAAUCAAGAUAUACUGAUUCAUCCAAAAGGUAAUCCUCAUUCAUCUGGUCAGGCCACUGAUGAAUUAGACAGCCCACUGCUUCCGGGGCUUCCAGAUGAUGUGGCCAAGUAUUGCCUUGCGCUUGUUCCUCGUUCCAGCUUCCCUGCCAUGGGUGGUGUAUGCAAGAGGUGGAGAUCAUUCAUCCGAAGCAAAGAAUUCUUAACAGAGCGAAGAAUAGCUGGAGUGCUUGAAGAGUGGCUUUAUGUUCUAACUAUGGAUUCUGAAGGAAAGGAAAGCCACUGGGAGGUUUUGGAUUGUUUUGGACAGAAACAUCAGCUUCUUCCACCAAUGCCUGGUCCUGGAAAAGUUGGAUUUGGGGCAACCGUCCUUAAUGGAAAGCUUCUUGUCAUGGCAGGCUGCUCUGUAAUCAAUGGGACUGGCUCUGCCUCAGCUGAUGUUUACCAAUAUGAUUCUUGCCUUAACAGCUGGAGCAAAUUAGCAGACUUGAAUGUUGCUCGCUAUGAUUUUGCCUGCGCGGAGGUAAAUGGCAUGGUUUAUGUUGUUGGAGGCUAUGGGAUUGAAGCUGAGAGCCUCUCCACUGCAGAGGUGUAUGACCCUGAUACAGACAAGUGGACCCUUAUUGAAAGUCUACGCCGUCCACGAUGGGGUUGUUUUGCAUGUGGAUUGAAUGGAAAACUCUAUGUCUUGGGUGGAAGGUCUAGCUUCACAAUUGGAAAUUCAAGGUUUAUCGAUGUGUACAACCCUGAGAAGCACACGUGGUGUGAGAUGAAGAAUGGUUGUGUCAUGGUCACUGCCCAUGCUGUGCUGGAGAAAAAGCUUUUCUGCAUGGAGUGGAAGAACCAGCGGAAGCUGGCAAUAUUUAAUCCAGAGGACAAUUCCUGGAAGAUGGUUCCCGUUCCAUUGACAGGAAGCACGAGUAUAGGGUUUCGUUUUGGGGUACUGGAUGGGAAACUUUUACUAUUCUCUGUGGAGGGAGACCCUAGUUACCAUACACUUUUGUAUGAUCCAAAUGCAGCCCCUGGUUCAGAAUGGCAAACUUCUGAUUUAAGGCCUUCUGGUUUGUGCCUAUGCAGUGUGACAAUCAAAGCUUGAAAGAAUCAUUGCCAACUACACAUAUCUCAUUUGGCAACAUCAUGCAUAAUAUAAUCAAGGAUCUCCAUGAAUUCUAGAAUGUUUAAGUUCAUUUGAAUGUAUUAAGUUUCUUAUGGCAAUUAAUUUCUUUGGGAACAAUGAACAUGUCUGGUUCCAAAUCUUUCUGUUGGAUUAUUUUGCUGAUGUUGUGCUAAUUAAUUGGAUUUCUUCUUUGUUUUCUU